AAUCCUUUCACUUCAUUUAUGUUUGCCUCGUUUCUUGUCGAGUAAAGACUUUCAAAAUAAUUUGAGUUACAGCCGGAGAUUUUUGAACGAUUUGCAAUGGCUGGUGCCAGCGGAGAGAAUGCAGAAAGUCCGACAAUUUCUCCCAGACAGCAAGCGAAUAGAAAGCCCUCGCGAAAUCGUCUUUCUUGUCAAGUCACUCUUCUCGAUGGAACGGUUUUGACUACAGAUCACUUACAAAAAAGUGCCAAGGGUAUGGACUUGAUGCACUGGGUAACAACACACUUGAACAUUACAGAAAAAGAGUACUUUGGACUACUAUGGGAGGACAAAACAGGAGAAAAGUACUGGUUAAAUCCUCAGAAGAAAAUAACAACUCAGCUAAAAGGUUGCCUGCCAAACUUUGCUUUUGCUGUUAAGUUUUAUGAGCCCCUUCCUUCCCAAAUCAAGACUGACUACACCAGGUAUUUGAUGUGCAUGCAGUUGAGGGAUGAUGUAAAUUCUGGGAGAUUGCCAUGUUCCUUUAGCAACCAGGCUGUGCUUGGAUCUUACAUUGUGCAGGGUGAUGUUGGUGAUUAUGAAGCUCGUGAACAUGGAACUGACUACUUGGAUGGAAUGGUCUUUGCUCCCGACCAGACACAAGAAUUACUGGACAAAAUUAGGGAACUUCACAAGCAAAACAGGGGUCUCAGUCCAGAAGAAGCUGAUUUACAGUACCUAAAGAUGGCAGCAACAAAACUUGUCAUGUUCGGUGUGGAUGCACAUCCAGCAAGGGAACAAGAUGGCACAGAAAUACUCAUUGGUGUUUCUCAUGAUGGUGUUGCUACCUACAAAGACAGACUGGUGGUCAACAAAAUUCCAUGGACCAAGAUUGACUACAUCAAGUACAGAAAGAGGAAUUUCAUCAUCAAAAGCCAUCCAGGAGAGCUGGACACUUUGACAACUAGAGUUGUUUACAAGACGCCAAGUGAGAAGGCAGCCAAGCGCUUGUAUAAAUCUUGCGUUGAACAUCAUACAUUCUUCAGGUUAACUUUCUCUGACCCACCACCAAGUCGUAGUAGCUCUCUGCUGAGGAUGGGAUCAAAGUUCCGUUACAGUGACCGCACCCUGUAUCAGCUACACAAGGAUGGUCAACCAAUCAAGGACCAGCCCAAGUUUAAUCGUGUUUCAAGUCUAAACUGGUCACGUCGUUACCAAAUGCCUUCUCUAUCAGAAACCAGGAUUUAUGUGAAAGAAGAUGAUGAGAGCAACAAGAGGCCCUUAUCAGAGGGAGAUCUUCCUGGAAAGAUGCGGUGGUACAAAGGGGGACAGGCACCACUAAUGGAGGAGGAAUCAAUGGCGACCUUGACACCAGAAGAGCGUGAACAGUAUCAGAGAGAGAUAACAGAGAAAUUGGGAAAACAAAAGGGAGAAAGAGGAGACGAUGUCAUCAGAGCUACUGGUGCCGGGGAAGCUGGUGGCUUCUAUGCAUAUGGUAGAGCAGAAAGACCUGAUCCUCAAGCCACAGUCACUGCUGUGGAAGAAGAGGCAAGGAGACGUGAGUGGGAGAGGAAACAAGCCGAGGAACGAGAAAGGAUACGACUUGAGCAGGAGAAAGAAGCAGAACGAGAGAGGAAAUUGCAAGAAUGGAUUGAAAGCGAGAAGAGAAGGGUUGAGGCAAUUGAGCCGCAGGAAGCCGGCCCAGCGUACACAGCUCCUGGAGGAAAAGCUGAAAGAGCAACAUUUACUCUGGAAAAGGUCAAGAAAGAAGAACCAGAAUUUGUCAGCAUGGGCGUGGCUACCCCUGUUAGUGGUUUUGACACCAUCAAGAGGGCAGAGACGAGGGUAGCUGAUACUGAUACGUACAAGGGACGUGUCCAGAAGCUGCCACAGGAUGAGAUGGGUCCUGACCCUUCUGCAAGGACAAACACAUGGGGUGGUGGAAAAAAGGAUAAUGUAUCCUACACCCGAACACACACCAGUGCAACUUUACCCAACCGAGGAGCAAGAAAAGGCUUUGAUAGCAACAUGAUGCCUGAUGAGGACAGGAGACGCAGUGCUGAGGAUUUGUUGGAGAACAAUGGACAGGAGAGGGGCCAAAGACAAGGAAAAGUACCUCUGGUGAAUAGGGAUGAACUGAUGAGGUACUACUCACCUGGGUCAAGUGACACUCUGCGCACUGAACCCGCCCAGCAUGAGAUCAAGAGAUCACUGAAAGAUGACCUCAACUUGCAGCACGAGCAAGGCGAGGGUGGCUUUGUUCGGGAGAGCAUCCGAAGAAACGAAGGCUUCAUUGCAAAGCAGACCGUGCGGAACGACCUGGAAAGCGCUCCACCCGAGAUCACCACCAAGACCAUGAUCAUCGAUAAUGACAGAGACCCGAAAGUGUAUCGUCAGAACAGAGCUCCGGAGGUAGAGACGCACUCGUUUUUGAUUGGACGGAACGAUGGACAGCCAGGAGUUAAACAAGGUACUCCCUAUCGCUUUAGUGACAUCACCCAGGAUGGUUCUCCUGAGCCAUAUUCACCACAUUCAAGACAUUACAAUGUGCCCAGCGUCACCACACAGAGAGUUGUGUAUGACCAAAAUGGACCUCCUAUUAGUCCACCUUCGAGUGGAACCCAAGAUGGCGGCACGGUGAUUACUCGCACCAUAAUGAUGGGUGGUGCAGAGCCAACGAGAACAGAGACUAUUCGUCAGACGACCAUGCCUACAGAGAUAAUUCAAAAGACAAUCACCAUCGAGGGUGAUGGAAACCAGCUAACUGCCGAGGAGCUAAAGGAUAUCAUAGCUAAACAUGCAGGAGACAUUGGAAGCAGUGAAGUGGUUACCACUACUUACACAACCAAGGUUCAAGAAGUGAAGCAAACGAAGACAAUAACAGAAACAAUGAGGGUUGUGGAUGAUGAAGGGAACAUCAUCAAAACUGGUGACCCUGAUACUGAUGCUGCAAUUUGGGAGGCCAUCCAGCGAGCAAAGGAAGAGAACCCUAACGCUAAAAUAACCGAGGUUGUUAUAACCAGGACUGAUGAAGAAAGCCAAGCGUAAAGCAGUUAAAACCCACGGAGCCCUUAAGGAAUUGCAGUCGGCCAAGCCGACAAGUAGAGGAUGAACGCUGCUUCCCUAAAGUGUUACAAACUCGUAAAGGAUAUACUAUAAAAGUUAAGGAUGUAAAAUCAGUGGUGUUGGAAUAUUGAAGAGCCCAUAGUGGUACAGUUUAAAACAAGUCUGGGUUGUUGAAGGUGUUGAAGUAGAGAAGUAAAUCGUUCAAUGGGUUGGUUGGUUUGCUUGUUUGUUUGUUUGUUUUUCUUUUAAGAGAUAAGUGGUUAAGCGCUGUAGAAGAAUUUUAUUAUAAAUGUGUUUUUAAUUUUAGGAAAAGGCGUAUGUGCACGUCGUUAUUUGGUAGUUAGCUUUUUCAGAUGAUUAACCGUACACGAAGCCCGUUGCCAGUUCAUCCAAUGAAAGAAUUUCAUUUAAGGCGAAAUGUUACGCAAGUUUUAUUUCGACUUUCACGCAUGCAGAUAUAAAAUUUGUUUGGGAAAGACCUUAUCGUUACAAAAGUAACAAACUUUGAUAAGCACUAGGUAUAUUAUCUUCUUAUUAUCAUUGUUUCUAUUUUGUAAAAUGCCCCAAAUCAUUCAACAUCCAAGGGAUUUUGAAACUAACUCGAUUCAAACACAUUAAAUUAUAGUAUUUUAAGAUUGCUUUAAGUUGGAAUUCCUGCUUUUAGUUUUGUAAUAAUGUAACCAUUUUCUAAAUAAGAUGAAUUGGGGUCGUGUCAUGCGGAAGCUUCCCACGGUAUGUUUUGUUUCCAAUUAAUAGCUUUAGGUGUUCGCUUCCCAUAGUUUCGAGCUUUUAUCUAAGAUGGUGGAAGAUUAAAGAUGUAUCAUUCGCGGUACUUAGCUCUAUAAUUUUAAUCUUUUAUCUAAGAUGGUUGAAGACUAAAUGAUGUAUCAUGAGAUCAUAAGAUGAUAAGAUGUAUCAUUCGUGGUACCUAGCUCAGCAACGUUUUAAAAUCAUGAUUUUUACGAGUGAAUCCCUUCUUUCGUAUGAAUGUGGGCUUUGCUCAAUUCGGGGCACGUUGAGAACGCUUCUGCUGAAAUGAUUCGUGAACUUUGUAUUCGAUAGUACACCUCAACGAGAUAGCUUCAAAACUGCUUUGCAGUUAUUAUAGCUCCCAAAACGGGAAGCGUGUACAUUUGCCAUGUAUGAGGUUCACAUUUUAGAUAAGUUUAUUUAAUGGAAUAAUUACUUUUAAUUAACGCUGUUACAACGACUCUGUUGAAGUUGAUAAGUUUUAGGCAUCUUACAUGACCGUGUAAGCGUCCUCUCAUUGGGUGGCUUUUAAUAAACUUCGUUAUAUAGUUAAA